AAUGUGUGUUAUAGUUAUACUUUCAUGUAGCCUGGGCAGAGAUGUUUGUGCUUUACGGAGUACAGCAGCUACUCCUUUUGCAGCCCUGUCCAAGCCAAUCCAAAUUAACUGAGUUGAGAAGGCAGCAGAAACCAACUGGAACCAACAGGACGACUUUAAUGCAUAUUAUUGCACACGUUUGCCCUUUGCGGCUUUGCUGAUGCACAAAAGUUUAUUUGUGUAGUGGAGUAAACUGAUAAUUUGGCCCCGGGUUGCGGUAACCUCUUUCUGAAGAGCUAGCGCCUGUACAGCCUGUGAUAUCCCUCUUAGGUGGAGACCAUGGGGUUGACCAAGCAGUACCUGCGCUAUGCUGCCAGCGCUGUGUUUGGAGUAAUAGGAAGCCAGAAGGCCAACAUUGCAUUCGUCACCAUACAAGGAGGAGAAAAGGGACGCUUUGUGGCGGUUGCUGCAUGCGAGCAUGUGUUCAUAUGGGACACACGUAAGGCAGAGAAGGUUCUUAUCCUCAAGGGGAACAAGCACGAGGUAACGUGCCUCUGUCCCUCCCCUGAUGGCGUCCACGUUGCCGUGGGUUAUGAGGACGGUGUUGUGCGAAUCUUCAGCCUAGUCAGCGGCGAGAGCAGCGUGUCCUUCAACGGGCACAAGUCCGCGGUCACCGUCAUUCGCUAUGACGCUCUGGGUGCUGGGCUGGUGACCGGCUCCAGGGACACGGAUGUGAUAGUGUGGGAUGUCAUUAACGAGUGUGGUCUGUACCGACUGAAAGGACACAAAGACGCCAUCACGCAAGCCCUGUUCAUCAAAGACAAGAAUCUUCUCCUCACAUGCUCCAAGGACAGCUUUGUGAAAUGGUGGGACCUGGACACCCAGCACUGCUUUAAGACCAUAGUUGGACAUCGCAGUGAGGUUUGGGGGAUGGCACUGCUGAACCAAGAGAGUAGACUGAUUACAGGCUCAGCUGACAGUGAGCUCCGAGCCUGGGACAUCAGCUACCUACAGGAGGGCAAAGAGGCUGGAGAACCAAAAGAAAAAAAAGGGAAAAGCCUACUUGGCGAGGAGGGGGAUGAGGAGGAUGAAGAAGGUUUGGAUGAGAGCCCUGUGGAGAGGAUCUUGAGUUGUAAUAAAGCUGGCUCUCUGCUGAGGGAGGCCAGGGACCGGGUGGUCUCCAUGACCACUGAUGCAGAGGCCAGGAUUCUCGCGUGCCAUGGCACAGAAGCGGUGCUGGAGGUGUUCAGUGUGCUCCCAGAGGACGAGGUGGAAAGGGUGAUGGCCAAGAAGCUGAAGAAAGCCAAGAAGAAGGCCAGGGAUGCACAAGCUGCAGGGGAGGAUGUGCAAGAUCCAGUGGUGGAGAGGAAACUGGCAAAUGAGAUCGUCAGACUGACCAACAUCAAGGCGUCUGCCAAGAUCAGAUGGGUCGACUGCAUAAUGUGUGCUGGCGGGGAAUUGAAGAUAGCCAUGCUGCUUCAGAACAACACAGUGGAAACCUACAGCCUCAAGACAUGGAACAAGAAUCCCACUGGCACUAAGACGUCUCGCCUGACGCUGGGGGGGCACCGCACCGAUGCCCGCACGCUGGCCUUCAGCUCAGACAACAUCGGCAUCCUGUCUGCCUCUGGGGAGACUGUCAAAGUCUGGAACAGGUCUACCCUGCAGGUGAUUCGUACUAUGGAGUGUGAGUACGCCCUCUGCUCCCUGUUUGUCCCUGGAGACCGGCAGAUCAUCUUAGGGACCAAGAGUGGCAAGCUUCAGAUCUUUGACCUUGCGUCCGGAACCCUCCUGCAGACAGUUGACGCCCAUAGUGGAGCGCUGUGGUCCCUCUGUCUGUCUCCCGAUCAGAGGGGGAUAGUGACUGGCGCUGCAGACAAGACUGUUAAGACGUGGGAGUUUGAGCUGAUUAAAGAUGGAGAGACUGCGCAGAAGAGGCUGACAGUUAAACACUUGCGUACACUGCAGCUGGAAGAGGAUGUGUUGUGUGUUAAGUAUUCACCUGACCAGAGACUGUUGGCGGUCUCUCUGCUGGACUGUACCGUCAAGGUCUUCUACACAGACACGCUCAAGUUUUUCUUGUCUCUUUAUGGACACAAGCUCCCAGUGCUCUGCUUGGACAUCUCUCAUGACAGUGCCUUGAUAGCGACUGGCUCUGCAGACAGGAAUGUCAAGAUCUGGGGUCUGGACUUUGGGGACUGUCACCGGUCUAUGUUUGCCCACGAUGACAGUGUCAUGUUUCUUCAGUUUGUCCCCAAAACCCAUCUGUUCUUCACAGCGGGGAAGGACAAGAAGAUCAAACAGUGGGAUGCCGACAAGUUUGAGCACAUCCAGACUCUAGAGGGUCACCAUCGGGAGGUAUGGUGUCUGGCCAUAAGCCCUAAUGGAGACCACAUUGUGUCGUCGUCACAUGACAAGUCCCUCAGGCUCUGGGAGAGGACCAGAGAACCCAUCAUCCUGGAGGAGGAGAGGGAGAUGGAAAGAGAGGCUGAGUUUGAGGAAAGCCUGGCCAAAGGGGACGAACCUGUGGUUCCUGGAGAGAACAAAGAAACAGAGGCAGCACCUGCAGCAAAGAAGACGAUAGAGACUGUCAAAGCUGCAGAACGUAUUAUGGAGGCUCUGGAGCUGUAUAGAUCAGAGAGCAGGAAGAUGGAGGAGCAUCAGAUAGCCUGUGAGUCAGCUGGAAAACAGUUGCCUCCACCCAAGGCCGAUCCUAUCCUUAUGGCGUUCGGAAAUGUUUCCGCGUCUCGCUACGUCUUGGAUGUGAUUAAAAAGGUUCGAUCCAGUGAGUUGGAGGUCUCUCUGCUGGUCCUACCAUUCCCCUACAUACCAGACUUGCUCUCUCUCUUCAACCUCUAUGUCCAGGACGGCCUGGAGGUGGAGCUAGUGUGUCGCUGCCUCUUCUUCCUGCUCAGGAUCCACUUUGGCCAGAUUUCCAGUAACCAGAUGCUGCUGACCAUCAUAGAUGAGCUGAGAACCAACACCAUCUCUCAAGUCAGAGGGAUCCGGGACGUUCUGGGGUUCAACAGUGCUGGUCUCCAGUUCCUCCAGAGGGAGUUGGAGAGCAAAGAGGAUGUGAUGUUCUUUGCCGACGCCACUGGCCAGCUUGAACAGAAGAGGAGAAAGAGGAAGAAGAAAGAGAGGGCUGUACUUACCAUCACCUAGAUCGCCACAGAAAUCAGAGGAAUCAGAAACUCUUUUUAUACGUACCGUCUUCCCCACAUCACGCCCAGUAGGCUGCUGCCAGCGUGGCUUCAAACAGAGUUACUCUGUUUUAUAUCCCAACUGUUAUCUGAUUCUGAUAGGACAUAACAAUGACAUGCUUGGUUUCCCAAAUAAACUGUCUAAGUUAA